ACACCAAGACUAACUGUCAAGCAAGGCUGUCACAUUAAUCACAUCAAGGCCUGUCCAGACGGGAUGAUCCAAGGCCCAUUAAAAUGUGUAAACAGACCCUAUAGGCAUGAAUAUAAGCCCUAUACAUAUAUUAUGGAAGGUGGAGUUGCAGGCGUACAUGGGCUGCGGAGACUGCUUACCAUCAGGCGGGCCGUAUGCUUGUUUGCCACCGACGUAGUAUAAAAAAAAAUCCGAUUCUCUCCAUAGUAGCGCUAGAGUAGCUAAUGAAGUGUGCUGUGCUGUCUAUGAUUUGAAUUUUUUUCAAGUACCUAUUCUAGGUAUUGUAGCGCCACCUAUUUAAGGUUUAUAAUGUAUGUAUAUAUAUAAAGCCUGACCAGUAAUAUAUGAUCACGCGCCAUACUGCGGAAUUUCAUUGGAACUACAUUUUUGACACUAAACUGAACUGUCAUCCUAUACAUGAGAAUAACAGCGCCCUCUUGACAAUGAUCAUAUAUUCCUACCGCGAAACCCGAAAUUCGCAAAUUGCGGGGAUCUUUCUCUUUUACUCUCACUAAGACGUAAUUAGAGUGACAGAGAAAAAUGCAUUUGACGAACUUCGAUUUUCGCGGUUAUAGCCCUGGUCGGGCUUUAUAUAUAUACAUUUUGACGUUAAUGCUUUUGGCUAGGAAUUACAGAUGGCGCUUCAGAGGGCGCUCUUUGUCCUAUAUAUUAUAUUACUCUUUGGGCUGAUGGCUCAUACGAUAAUUAUACUUUUAUCUUAUCUGUGGUAUAUAUUGAUAUGUCAAUAAUUGAAGUUUCUUUUCUGCUGUGAUCGUAGCAGAAAGUUAAAUUGCGCGUCGUUGCUGGCGAUCCGCUCGCCACUAUCGAAUUCUGACAGAGAAGACCAGGAUGCGUUUGCGCCACGGUCGAGUAGACUAAGCGGCAUGUAUGAGAGCACGUGCGGAGCGGCGGCCAGCGGUCAGUGCGGCGCGGCGCAGCACGACGGCGAUGGGGCCGUCGCGGCGCCCGCCCGUCCCGAGCCCGCCGCGCGCGACUACAGUGGCUUCGACAUCGUGAAGGCCACACAGUAUGGUGCCUUCGACCGCGUCCGCGAGCUCGUAGAGGCCGGCUGGGACGUGAAUCAGCCGGACCAUGAGACGGUGACGCUGCUUCACUGGGCGGCGAUCAACAACCGGCGCGAGAUCUGCCAGUACCUGCUGGCGCGCGGCGCACAUGUAGACGCGGUGGGCGGCGAGCUGCGCGCUACGCCGCUGCACUGGGCGGCGCGCCAAGGGCAUCUGGAGGCGGCCGUCAUCCUGGUGCGGGCGGGCGCAGACCUUACGUGCCGCGAUGCGGAAGGCUGCGCGCCGCUGCACCUGGCGGCUCAGUUCGGGCACACUGCGGUAGCGGCCUACCUGGUGGCGACGGGAGGCGCGGGCGCGGCGGAUGCGGGGGACGCGGGUGGGAUGACGCCGCUGAUGUGGGCAGCGUGGCGCGUGGCAGCCGUGGAUCCGGCUCGGCUGUUGCUGUCCCUGGGCGCGUCACCACGCCCGGCUGACCAGGCGCACGGCAACACUGCACUGCACUGGGCCAUUUUGGCCCGCAACUCUACUGCUGUGUCGACACUUGUACUUUAUGGCAACGCCCCACUGGACGUGCCGAACCUGCGCGGCGCCACGCCGCUGGCCAUGCUGCAGGCCGCCGCCGGCACUGGCCGGGACUCCUGGAUCGGCAGCAAGGUGCUGGAGAAAGUGCGGGAGCACGAGCUCAAGCAUUCCAGGCCGAAUCUGCUGCGGCGGCUACUGUAUGACAAGAAGCUGCGCUGGUGGGUGGUGGUGUUGGCGCCGUUCGUGGCGUUCUACCUCUCGGGGCUGGUGUUGGAGUCGCGCGCGCGCUACGCGGUCAAAGCGCUGCUGCUGCUGGCGCUGUCGGCGGCGCUGCACGCGCUGGGCUCGGCGCUGCUCGACGACGACUUGAAGAACAUCUUCCCGCUCAGCGUGUACCUGGCGACUAAGGCGUGGUUCUACAUAACGUGGGCCGUGUUCCUGGUGGGCGCGGCGGGCUGGCGCGCGACGCUGCUGUUCCUCCUGUGUUCUGCCGCGCUGUGGCACUUCUUCCUGAAGUCCUGGCGCUCCGACCCCGGCGUCAUCCGCGCCUCCACGCGGGACAAGUUCCGGACGAUAAUCGAGCUGUCGGAGGACAGUUCGGGCGGCGGCGGCGCCGGCUUCGACCCGGCGUCGUUCUGCUCGGCGUGCCUGGUGCGCCGCCCGCUGCGCUCCAAGCACUGCUCCGUCUGCAACCGCUGCGUGGCCCGCUUCGACCACCACUGCCCCUGGGUCGGCAACUGCAUCGGAGCUAACAACCACCAGCACUUCAUCGGUUUCCUCGUGAGCCUGGUCGUGAUGUGCGGCUGGAUGGUGUGGGGCGGCGUGCAGUACUACCGCGCGUCGUGCCCGGCGGGCGCGGCCGACAGCGCGCUGGCCACGCUGGCGCGCUGGGCGCAGUGCAACGCCUGGCUCAUGUGGGUGCUGCUGCACGCCGCCUUCCACAUGUUCUGGGUCACGGUGCUCACGGGCUGCCAGAUGUACCUGGUGGUGUGCCUCGGCAUGACGACGAACGAGCAGCUGAACCGCGGCCGCUACCGGCACUUCGCGGCCCGCGGCGGCCGCUCGCCCUUCUCGCGCGGCCCGCUGCUCAACUGCGUGGACUUCUUCAACCUGCGCCUCUGCGGCCUCGUCGCGCCGCGCCGCGCCGACUGGUCCCGGGCCGGCGCCGCCGCCGCCGCCGCCGACGACGCCGACGCCGACUCGGCGCCCAUGCUGCAGCACGUGGUGUGAGGCUCGGCGCGCGCUGCCGACGGCGAGCCCGUGUAGCCGCCCCCGCCGCCGCCGCCGCUGCGUCUACAAGUUUUAUGCGUGCGAACGACGAGGAGAUACAAGACAGAUUUUAACACUUAUUUGGCGACUAUAGUAGCGAACGAAUUUGUCGGUAGAAAACGGCCGCGAAUUUGAAUAACGCACGCGCUAACGGUCGACCUCCCGUAGAAAGUUUGAAUUUUGCAUCUUUUUAUAUUGACGAUGAUUUUAAAAUGGGAGCGUUCCGCUAGACUGUCGCUUACGAAACGUACUCCUUUGGUUAUUCUAGAAAGCUCCGAAGCUGGAUUGUGACACGAAAUACGUGUAAGUACAAUUUUUUUACUCUCUUACUAAACCAAUAUUGGAAAAUUAUUUUCGCUCUCUAAACUCAAAUUGUUUACUAAUGUAUAUUUUUUUUUAAACCAAGCCACGGAGUGUCUAUCUAUAAAAUAGGCUAAAAUCGGCCUAUUUAAAAUCGUAAUACUUGUUUACAAAUAUAUACGUAGAAUCUAUAUUUAUGUAAAUAAUGUUGUAUAGUGACUUUAUAAAUACGAACCUCUCAGACAUCGAUGUUCCCUUUCUGAGCCUUAAGUACUAAUAACAAACCAUCAGUAGCGGCGCGUUGAGUAAAUCAGUUGUACAAAACCCCGCCACUGCAAAAUACUAUCACGAAACACUUCGCUACUAAAAAAUCUAUAUCUAAAUAACACUUACAAUAAAUCUGCAUCCGACCCGAAAUACAUGUAGUUAAAAUCUGUCAAAUACCUCCCCACUUACAAUCUAGUAUAUUGUAACCCUCGAACUUACUUUCUUACCGCAGUUCCGAGUAAAACUUAUAAAUGUUGCGACGGUCGUAGUCAGGUGUCCGGGGCGCGCGUCGCCGUCAGCAGUGCGCCGGUCUAGUCCGGUCCGGUUCCGACGCGAUCCUACCGGUCCCGGCGCGGUCCGUACCGGUUCCGACACGGUCCGGUCCGGACUUCACGCGCGCGAUUUGCGCUCGCACGCGUACUCACAUCGAUCUCCGCAGGUGGACUAUAUAAACUAUAUUUUUUGUAGUACAACUUAGGUUAUGCGUACACGUGUAUUGUGUACGCCGCGAUUCUAAACUCUAUUAUUAUUAUAGUAAUGUUUACCAAAAAAGUUCGUCGCUUCGCGCGGUCGCGCUGACCUUGUAAUUUUUAUAAUUAAUUAAUUAUUGAACAAUAUGGAAUUAAUGUUUAAUAGGUUUAAUUAAAGUUAUUCCGAGCGAACAAGUUGUAAUUAUGUAGGUAUGUUAUUGUGUGCGUGCGGCUUGGGCGAGUGUGUGUUAUACCCGAUGGAAAAUCAAUUUUGACACCUGUCACAUUCUGACGGUACAUUUUGAGUAAAAAAAUAAAAGUUUGUGAUACAAAUAGUAUUGAAAUGCCAGGUGUAAAAAUUGACCUGUAAAAGUUGCCGUUGGGGAUAGUUAUUAAAGGUAUACUUAUUCCUGAAUUUAGCGUCUUAUGGUCGGUCUUCACGUUGGCAAUUCUUGCUGAAUUUCGCAACGGGAUUCCAUUACUUUUUACCAAAACUUAUGAGUUGUAAGAUGUUAUACAACAGCCCUCUGAUAAAUCAUUUAAAUGAUUAGAGUUCAAUACACUCAUAAAAAUCAGAUUUUGUAGGAUAAUAUCGUCAACCUAACGACCCCGGAGGUUAAAGUCAGGAAUGUGUGAUGCCACCUGCACCUAUGUACUUUAAGAAACGAAGCUUCCUUCUAAUCUAAUAAUGUACUGUUAUACUCAUAUCAAACACUUGCGAUCCAAAUAUUUUUGUAACGGACUCGCCAUUUGUGAGCGUGAAGUUUUUAAUGAUUCCUCUUUCUCAAUAUUACGGAAUAUUAGUCGUUCCGGUAGUUAAGAGAGUUCUAUUCCACAAACUAACUGUAUUAUAUAUUUAAGAGAAUAUUGGACGAACGCUUCUCCAUACAAACCUAGUCCCCAUUUUCCUCUCUGGAUCUUAACAUUAUAUAUUUUACACGAUUUGAUGUAGGUAUAUUACUAUAUACCUUUAUUUGGCAUUUUUUGAUUUUUUUUUAUUAGAGUUAGGAGAGAAAAAUCCAUAUACCUCUUAAAUUUUUAGAACGUCACCCUUAUAAAUAAAUAGUGGGCCCGUGAGUGACUAAACAUACGCAAUGCGACGAAAUUAAAUACACGCUUUAAAAUUCCUGAGAACAUACCAAACAUAACCCACGUAAUACGGUCGGGUUAUUUGUUAUCCACCAUAAACCAUACUAAAUUCAUGGUGGGGAAUAAAAAAAAUGCGAGACUGUGACAAGGACAAACAAUAAUAACGCUUUCUCUGCUACUCCUACUGAAAGUUCCAUAAGAGCAUCUCGUUCGGUUAUCUCCCCCCCUUCCACAUUUCAUCUCUACUUAUAUUAUUGUACCUCUAUAAUAAGGUAAUUAAAAAAUCCAAACAAUUCAAACAAAGAAGCAUAGCUGUGGUUAAUUUAUGAUUGUGUAAACAUAGGUAUUUUCUAAAUAUCAACAUCCAGAGAGGUAAAUGGAGAUUACAUUUGGAUAGAGUAGCGUUCGUCCAUUUUCAAGCUACCGCGUGCACUCUGCGACGCACGGCUAAGCUUUUCGCUUUAAUAUUUAAAAUUACACUAUUACUACUUUUUGUUAUAUUUCUUACUUGUAACAAAUGAAAUGAAAAAUAAAUGUAACAGAUGAAAUUAAUUUAUUAGAAAAAAUAUUAAGUGAUUUUUUUUUACUUAAGUCACCUAGGGCGCAUUGUAAACAUACACGUUACUAUUUUACAACUUUCAAUGGAAACAUGGCAAAACGUAUCUUGUUAACCCUUUUCCAGGCCGCACCAAUCUACAAGGUUUUCCCAAAAAAACCAAAUAUAUUCCAAUUAAUCCAGCUUUUAUGAUUCAUUUGAAGACAAGUAACAUUUCCUGAAAGUGUAAUCUAAUUUGAACCUUAAAUCGGCAUGCUAAAGUUGAAAUUCUAAUGGCGCGUAUGUGGUCGAUAAAUCGUACUAUGCCUGGAAAAGGGUUAAGUCGAGACCGGCUUAUUCAUUUAGGGCCAUACUUCCCGAUAUUGGGACCGAAGUCAGUCCCGAUGUCGGGCCUAAUAAACGUUUUCCGUUUCUCGGAAUAUCAGCUCAUCGAUCGUUAACAAUAUUUGAAAUGUAAAAAAAAUGGUUCAUAUGCAAAAAUAUCAAACAAUGAACAUUUUUGGCAAUUAGAGACUAAAGUAUUUUUUACAUGAUAAAUAUUGUACCCAAUGUAUAUAUUUUCUCAAUUUCUGUAUCUGUGUUUUAUGUAGUGUGCAAUAAUGAAUUUUAUUAUUAUUAUUGUAAGAUGUGCUGAUAUUUGGUGAAAUGGAAAAAUAUUCUUGCUCGGGCCCGACGUCCGACCUAGAGGUGUGCGCCGAUCGGAAAAUCAUCGGCAGCUAGUCGCCUUUGGCAGCUACUCGAAAAUGUGGGUGUUAUACGUCCAAAAUUAAAGUAUAUAAAACUCAAAACUUGUCCAUUAAAAGAUGACAUGUUUAAAAAAAUACGAUUUAUGACAGGAUUUCUUUCCAAAUGUGGUGGCUUGCAAUAUGUAACGUAUUGUUAUAUAUGGCAUGCUAGGGCUGACGCAACAGUAGGUGUGCUGUGUGAGGCCGAAGGAUAUAAGAUCAGAUACAUCUCAAUGAUUAAAUAUCUGUAAACCGAUGCAAUCCGCGAUUCCAAAAUCUCUGGAGAGAUUGCCAAGAUUGACUGCCGAAUUCCGCGAUUGGCCGAGGGCAUUCCAGCGAGACAAUUUCGAUACUAUCAUGCGAGGCCGAAAGCCUAUAUGCAGGACAGGUGGUUUUUAAGAGUCAGCAGACUUAAGGCGCUGCCCUAGUGGCUUGUGCUUUAUUAUUAUUACAUAUGGUCGUUUAGAUGCUGAACCAAUUAAAUGUUAAAAAUGUGUCAUUGUUAAGUACGAAUUGGAUGUCAAUAUUGCACUUUCUCUAAUAUUGUGAGUUCUAACAUACGAGAUCAUUCUUGCCCUCUAAUCGAUCUAUUGCUAUAUUUGUGGAGUUACCAUGGACCUAUUGAUAAGCUUAUUCGACUGCGACAUCUAUUCAGCUGUCAUAUUUUGCAUCACGGUUUUCAAGCAAUAUCUUCUAUAAAUCGAUAUCAAAAUACGGACGCUACAGUGGCAAUAUAGAUUAACACUUUUCCUUACAUUUUGUUUGUUAUUGCUAGUGACUUUUCACUUACCGAUUCUAAAAAUGACUCGCGCAAAUAUCCAUGGGCGUUAAAUUUGUGUACUUAAUGAACUACAAUUCAAUUUAAUAUUGAGCACCGAAUCGUCACCAAAGUCACCAUAAUGAAUAAAAGAAAUUAAUUGUAACGUGGGGCAAUUCACAUCUAAGUGUUUUUUUAUUAUUAUUGGCAGAUUCUGAAAAUCUGGUGGAUAGAUAGUUUCUUAUUCUGCACAAUUUGACAAGUGUUGACAGGUUAGACAGAGCACGCACCAUAUAUUAUGCAGUAUGCACCAUCACUACACAAAGUUCCCCACCGCGUCAGUCUGUCUGCAUGUUCGCGAUAAACUCAAAAACAUUGAACGGAUUUUGAAGCGGUUUUCACCUAUCAACAAAGUGAUUCUUGAGGAAGGUUUAGGUGUAUAAUUUGUUAAAAUUUUAAGUAACCCGUGCGGACCUGGGGCGGGUCGCUAGUGCCAUACUCGUAUAUUCUAAUGACAUCACAAAUUUCAACUUUAAAUUCGUUGAAAGUUGUUCUAGUUGGACCAAGUUAACUCUGCGCAGAAUUUGCAAUGACAGUGUGGAGUGCCACCAUAAACGUCAAAUUCCUACUUCCACUCUGUCAUUCUUGAAAUAAUUUACACGUUCUCUGCGAAUCCCCCGAAUCGAUGUAUGCUUAAUGUUGCAGAAAGAUUGAUCGCACUCUCUUUUUCGCAUAAAAUGGAUUGUCAUAUUUUCACAUGGCAUAACACGAUUGGCAUGACGCUAUUUCGCAUAAAUGUCAUUAUAAUAAUGCUUCAAAUCGCUUAAAAAGCUGUGUUCCUAAUAUAUUAUGCGCAUAAUUUUCAAACUUGAAGAAAUGCAGGUUAGGUUAGUUUAGAACUGCGAUCCUCACAAAGACGAACUGUUUUCAUAAAAGCAGGUAAGGUUAGGUAAGAACUGCGACUCACAUAAAGACGAAUUGUUGCCAGCAAAUAAGUGUAGGUUAGGUUAGAACCGCGGCUCCCACAAAGACGAACUGUUGCCAGAAAUGCAGGUUUGGUUAGGUUAGGUUAGAAUUAUUAGGAUAUUCGAAUUUAGGCUAUACGUAUAGAAGAAUUCGACAUAAGAAUCUUAUGACAUUUAACCUGUAGGGCGAAAAUCGUUUAGGCAAGACAGGCUUAUGCGCAUAAAAAUUAGGAUACUCAAUUUAUUCGGAUCAAUAGUUAUGCUUAACGUUGUUAUGCCAAUAGUUGUUAUGCGAAGUGAAAAUAGACAGGAAAAAUUAUGCGUUCCAAUAUAGACCCAAAUUUCCGCAAAGUCUGAUUAAAUUGUGUGGUGCGGAUGCACAAAUGAAAAAGGACUUCGGCUCGCCGAUUAGAUGAGAUUGACGCCAAUUUAAUUAAUUAUCAAAUUGGUAAUUUCAUUGUUCCAUCUGGAUUGACUUUUAUAUUGCAUUCGUAGAUUUGGUAUGCAAGCUAAGUACUUGGUGUAUUACCUACGUAUAUUUUUAAUAUUUGGUGACAAUCUUCCAUGAUCUCCCCUGGACCCUGGGCUGGGUCUAGGACAACAGUAGAUAUUUUACUAAACUCUAAAAAAGAAUUUGACUAUGCGACCCCAUGACUACAAAACUGGAUGCGCCCUUGUCGGGAAUGCUAUUUUGUAUUAAGUUUUCCAUUUGAUUUAUGUAUUUUGUGCAAUAAAGAUUUAAAAAAAUAAGUAAGUAAAAUUAAGGAGAGGGCGAAAGUAUAUAAAACCUUGUAAAAAUGGGUAGGUAAUUGGUGUAAUAUAUGUUUUAUAAGGAAUCGUGCGUCGCAUUGGGUUUAGCCUUCACCAUAGGGCCUACCGCGAACCUCGAAACAUCUUUAUCUGCCUCUUUAUAGCUCCUUAGUAAUUGAGCGGGAAAUAGAUGAUCGAACGAUGUGGUUGGUUCGCGGUAGGCCCUCUGUUUCUCGUGCCGCAACGUCGCGCGGUGCGUCAUGUUGUACCUUGUAACUCGUAGUAAAUGUUGCUUUUAUUUUUGUAAACAUAAUACUUUGCCUUAUUAUAAUAUAAAUAUCAAGUCUUUAUAUUAUGGAUGUAUUGAUGCCAUUACAAAAUUAAAAACAGUAUUAUGCA